AUGCCACUCCGCAUCAACCUACCGCCGCUGACCCGCGCCCUUCUACUUCUUCUGCUGCUUCUAUCUUUGCUUAAUGCCUCGUUCAGUGUGCGCAGUCUCAUCCGCGUCCAGGCUGUUCCAGCACUGGCAAUCAUCCCUGCCCGCUCGCUGAAAUACCCAUGGACCAUCCUCACCGCUGCCCUGCUUGAAACAAACCUCGUUAGUUUCGCCAUAUCUGCCAUCACCCUCUUCUAUGGAGGCCGAUACCUAGAACGCGCCUGGACCAGUCAAGAGUUCGCCAAGUUCGUCCUGUUUGUGACCAUGAUUCCGAAUUUGUUGACAUUUGCCGUCUACUGUUUGUGGUACACUGUGACAGGCAGUCAGAUCCGAGCAAACACCAUCAUCAAUGGCAACGUUGCCCUCGAAGCCGCUUUCCUCGUCGCUUUCAAGCAGCUCGUCCCUGAGCACACCGUCUCUCUCUUCCGUGCUUCGAUUCGCAUCCGUGUCAAACACUUUCCAGCCGUCUUCGUUUUGCUAAACAGUUUGUCUGGCCCACUGCUGGGUACUGACACCGCUUUCUUCCUGUCGUGGCUCGGCUUCUUGACCGCUUGGAUAUACCUGCGCUUCUACAGAGUCGCUCCUUUGCUAGCUACGACUGCUACGGGCCAAGAGGCCGUCAUAAAAGGCGAUGCUAGCGACACGUUUGCUUUCAGCCACUUCUUUCCCGAUUCGAUACAGGUCGUUCUUGAUCCUCUGGCCGAUUCCAUCUACAAGACCAUGGUAGCUUUUAAGCUAUGCGUACCCUUUUCUGAAGACGCUAUCGACCAAAGCAACGAGCAGGCUUCAGCACGAGCAGAAGGUGGGCUACCCAGCUUGAUGACAGACGGAAGAGGAGGUCGUGGUGGAGGUAGACGAGAGGAAGCAGAGCGGAGAAGAGCGCUGGCCUUGAAGGCGCUCGAUCAGAGGUUGAAUGCAGCCGCAGCUGCUCGUGUUCCGACUGAAGCACCACCAGCGCUUGCUGCUGAGACAAGUACGACGGAACCUUUGACCGCUUGA